AUGGAUACUCAAGAAUGGGAUCAAGUCUUCCAGUUUGUGUCCGACCCUAUGGAUGCUUCCGCUGUUCCUGAGAAGCCUAUCUCGGAGAAGACGUCCCUCUUGAACGCCUCUCACCCCCCUUCUCAGGUGCCUACCCCACCGGCCUCGAACACAGGGUCGCCUGGCGAGGUCAAUCCGGAGAUAAACGCCGUUGUCUCCGUUUCGACUACGUUCUUCCCCACCGCCAACCUUAACCCUCUUCCGCCUGACCUCAUCCUCCUCUCCUCAGACGCCGUCUUCUUCUACGUACAUUCACACCACAUCCUAAGCGCCUCUGAGAAUGGCUUCCGCGGGCUGCUGCCUGCGAAGUCUCCGAAGGGCCUUCAUCCUGCACUCAAAGCCAUCGGUCUCUCAGAGGACCUCGGGCCGGUCAUCCCUCUUCCCGAGCCCGCCACCAUCCUGAACAUCGUCCUCCACAGCAUCUACAGCCUUUCAUGCGCGCAUUACUCGCCCUCGCUCGACACGCUUAUCGACGCGGUUGACACGCUUGCGCUGUACGGUGUGCCCGUGACGCGUCACUGUGCGUCUUCGACACCGCUGUACGCGCUCAUCCUCGCGCACGCGCCGAUCGCGCCGAUCGAUGUUUACGCGCUGGCGGCGCAUCACGACCUGUACGAUCUGGCCGUGCCUGCGUCUGCACACUUGCUUGGUUUCCAGCUGUGGAACCUGUCUGAUGCGCACGCUGCUCGCAUGGGCCCGCUGUAUCUGAAGCAGCUCUUCUUCUUGCACCUGGGGCGCAUUGAUGCGCUCAAGCGGCUCCUGCUGCCGCCACCACACCCGCAUGCGCCGACGGCCGACUGCGACUUCACAGAGCAGAAGAAGCUGACGCGCGCAUGGGCGCUGGCCUCGGCGUAUCUAGCAUGGGAUGCUCGACCAGACCUGUCGACGAGCUCGAUGGAAGGCGCGCUGUGCCCGCUGGGGAGCACCUGUCGUGCGAGGUGUGCAGAAGAGCCUGACGGAGCGUAUCAGGCACUGAUUGUGCAGUGGUCGGUCGUGAAGAGGACGAUAUGA